AUGACUAUGAACCAGCACGACUUUAACACACUCUUGAUCGACUUUGUACGCGAAGAGGAUGUGUUGUAUCGUUCACAGAAUCUCAAUUUCACUAACUCGGCCGAACGCCACAUGGCAUACGAGCGUAUAGCGGAGAAGUUACGACGGCACGGAGCUACGUACGAACAGAGUAAGUUUAUUUUAUUUUUUGUUCACAUUUUAGUUAAUUUUGUUUGGUACAAACGAAACAAAUUGCCUCAGGGCUCUUGGUAUUAAUUUGUAUUUUUUCAUUGUUGAAUUUAAUGUUUUGAGGUUGGUUUUUAUAUUAAUUUUUUAUUUUAUACAAAGCUGUUUAUAACGUUUCUUGAGCCAUUUUACCCUGAUUUACUAAAAAAGCUCAUUUUUCAAUUGAUAAUAACGGACUUCUUUUAGUGAAAAAGAUUUAAUAUUAGAAUUUCAGCUCAUCGAUUAAACGAAAAGUUUCUAAAACUUAAGUGGAGAUACAUGAAGGAAUAUCAUCAGGUUGAGGAGGGGAAACAGUCAAGCUGGCCUUACUACGACUCUCUCGCUUUCUUAUUGCCUUCUGUAUUGGAGUUAGAGCGGUAAGUUAGACGCUUUUUUCAUUGUUAUUUUUAGGUAACAUUAAUUUGUGUUUAUGUUUUUAUGGCGUAGUGAAAGCUCUGCACAAUCGAUUUUUGCGUCUUUAAAAGAAAAAAUUUAGAGUAAUUUAAAAAAAUAUUGUUAUGUUAUCCUUGUAUAACGUAUAAAAAUAUUUUAUAUCUGACUUUGUAUUUUAGAAAACGGAUGACGAACGCUGAAGAAGCCCAGAACCGUGAUCAUCCUCCUCCACCCCAGCCAAUGCAAACCAGUCAACCUCCUCCAGCUCCACCUCAACAAUUCGUCGAAGUUCAAACCUGUGAAGUCUUGCCUACGUCAAGUAAUGGUACAAAAGGGCGAACUGUAUGUUUUUGUUUAUUUUUUUUUGUUUUUAGAUUCCUUGAAGAAUAUAAUAUCGUUAUUAUGUUGUUAAAAUUAUUCUGUACUUCCUAACCACGCAAAUUUGCUUUGAGAGGAGCACAUAAUUAUUUGAUCAACCUAAUAUAAUAUAUAGGAAGUGACAACCAUUUCUGUUGAAUAUACCAAUACGGUUUAUUUAAAGAGCCGGUCUAUAACAAGAUUUGACUGUUUAUCUUGUUUUAGGCUCAAAAACGCAAAAACCCGGUAAUGUUGGAGGAAACGGACAGCCGACUGAUGGAAAAGAGGAGGGUCACCAACCAAGCCUUUGCCGACUUCGUAGCCUGUAAACUCGACGAAAUGCCCGAACCCAUACGAACGUACACCGAGCGACAGAUCAUAGAUGUAGUGAUGAGUGUGCACGUGGAAACAUACCAAGAAAUCAGUCAGUCGGGAGUACAACAAAUGCAUCACAACGACAGGGAGAUACCGAUUACGAACGAGGUUUAUCAUCAGAACUCGAUCAACGACCAACAGUUUGAGCAUUGUCAGCCCAUCAACAACACUGUACGACAACGACCGGCACGGACCCCAAGAAAACCCAAAAAUGACCUCUAA